AUGGAAAGCCUUAGUGAUAAACUCAAGAAAUUGUCUGUCUACCUCAACGAGGUAACCAUCCUAAAAGAGCUGAGUCAUCCAAACAUCGUUGAACUACAGAAAGCUCUCAGCUGUCGAGAAGACCUAGAUCUCGUGUCGGAGCCACACAGCUCGGAUCUAGUCAGUGCCCUACCUCGUCUCACAAGCUCUGAUGUCAUUCGCUACUUCACUCAGACCGUCAGCGCCUUAAUAACCUAUCUCCAUCAGCGCCGAAUUGUGCACGAUGACGUGAAGCCACAAAAUGUACUCAUUCAUCAAUCUGGAGAAAUGGCCAGAUUAUGUGACUUCGGUUUUGCUCGGAGACUGCCUGAGAACUAG